AUAUUUAUUUAUUACAAUUUCUUCACUUUGCAUCCCCGCUGCAGGCUCCCUCCCUUGCCUCCUCCCAGUGCCACCCACCCUCCCUCUUCUCCCCCAUGCCCUUUCCCUAGUCUCCUGACAAGGGAAGAUCUCCCCUUCUAUCUGACCCUCGCCUAUCAGAUCUCAUUAAGGCUGGCUGUAUCAUCUUCCUCUGUGGCCCGACAAGGCUGCAUCCCCCCCCAGGAGGGGGGUGAUCAGAGAGUUGGCCACUGUACCCCAUUCUCAGGGAACCCCACUUGGAAACUGAGCAGCCAGUGGGUAGAUUUUGAUCAUUUUAACAGUUGUAUAUUAGUUCUUUUUUUUUUUAAAGAACAGGCAGAAAAUAGAAUAUUGCCUCUCAUUAGGUUGCAGGAUAGAAAUCCCAGUCUGAAUACUGGCCUACCGUUUAUGCUUAAAUCUCUUAUUGUUACAGUUGAAGCUAUUAAUUUUACUGGGAAAGAUAAAUUUGGGUGUUAGGUUUACUGGUAGGUUAGAAUAAUGCAUCUGGGACCCAGACCUCAAAGCCACCUCUCCAUCCAUAGGCUGCCUUCUUAAUGAAGCUAAACCCAGAUUUGAGAAGGCACCACUGUGCCGAAGGAAUGGCAAGUCUCCCGAAUCUGGGCAAAAGAGAAGUGUUCUCAAGUGUUUCUUUGUUUGUUUUGUUUUGUUUUUUUAGACAGGGCUUCUAUGUGUAGCCCUGGCUGUCCUGGAAUUCACAGCCACUGCAGGCAAGUGUUCAAGCCUGAGAGCUCCUAAAAACAAUAAUGGAGUGUAAUAAUUUAGGACAAACUUUGAGUUAAAGAAUGAAUCUUUUUACUGAUCACUAAUCCUUGAGCUGAACAGAGGCUAUUUAACAUUUACCACAUACCAAAUAGUAUCUGGUCAUUCAUACAUGUUAACUUAAUGUGCACAAUUUCCUUUUGAAAUAUCUUGUUAUCACUCUAAUUCCUCAAACACCUAAACAGGUAUUUUUUCUUCUUCACCUUCCUAGCCUUUAUCUUUGUCAUCCUUUCACGUCAGUCUUUGUCUUUUAUUUUAUUUUAGCCUAAUGAAUCCCCACUUAUCCUUCCAAACUAACUUCAGGUGUUUCUACUCUAAGGAUGCCUUACCAGCCCACAAGCUUUGCUUCCCCUUUAUACUUUCCACUGUAUCUUAAGAGCACAAGAAGCUAUGUGAUUUGUCAAUGGCUGUCAUUUCAGCUGAAGUGUAAGCUUCACAAGGAACUGUGGCCAUGUCAUUUUUCUGUUAUCUGUAGUGCUAAGUAUAGUCUAGACAUAAAUGCUCAGUAAAUAAUCAUUGUCUAAUUGUGCCAAAGGAAUGCCCUAACCAGAAGCUGAAUGCUGGUCUCUCAUAGCUUCAGAAAUCUCCCUUUAAAUUACAUCAGCUCCAGAACAUAACAGGAAGUAUUUCUUAAUUAAAUUGCUCAAGAGAAUCUUCCUCAAUUCUGUGUGUUUAUCUAUAAGAGCUAUUCAUUAAUCUUAUGUACUGGCAAGGUUGAGGCUCUGAGAUAAGGAACUGAAAAGUCUUUUUAUUGAGAGAGGUCCCACUCUUUUGAGCAGUUACUUUGGGAAGGUUGGUGGGAGAGAUUCUGGGACAUAUCCAGUAAGAGGAAAGCAGUAAGAGGAAAGCAGGCACAACUGGUUUGUCAGGUUCUCAAGCCUUCUGUUGAGCUGAAAACCACAUGCUCUGUGGAAAAUGUCUACAAUGAAGAACCCUCAGACUUUUGAGGAGCAAACAGAAUGCAUCAUGAAUACUCUACUCAUAGACUUCAUGACCCCCAAAUUUCAGUGUUCUAAUAGGAGCCUAGCGGCUGCAGAUGAACCACAUUCAGGAGAGCCUUGCUCUUUUGAUGUGGCUAUUAUUGCUGGCCGCCUUAGAAUGCUGGGUGACAAGUUCAAUGGAGAGUUGGAAGCUUCUGCCAAUAAUGUCAUUGCGGAAUUCACUCAAGGACAGGGAGGAACUGUAGUCAAGGACACAGUACAGUCUCUCAGCAGUUCCUGGUGUGCUCAGGAUCCCACCUUAGCUUUCGAAAGAGCCUUUCUGGGAGCGACCGUGAAACUUCUUCAGUAUGUGGCUUGUAGGGCUCCUUGUCAAGUGGCAAGACAGGUGGCUAGCUGCAUGGCAAGCAUGAUCAAUGGGAACGCAGCCGUCCGAGAGUUCAUCCAGGACCAGGGCGGAUGGGAAAACCUGGAGAGCUGAAGAAGUGGGAUUGUCCCCAAACUGCACAUCACUUGCUCUGACAUCUAGAUGGGGGUGACUGAUUUUGACAAUUAAAACAUGCUUUCUUCAAUUUAGCCAGUGUUAUUUUUUAUUGAUUGUUGACUUUGGGA